AUGUAUAAUUAUGAUCAUUUACAAAAUUGGCUUUCAGAACCACCAAAAUUUACAGUUUUUAGAAUUAAUAAUUUAAUGAAAUUUGACUGUAAUGAACUCCUCAUAUAUUUAGAAAAUCAAAGAAAGGAACUCAACUGCGUACAAAUCCCAAAUUUGUACUUCUUAAAAUCUGAUUGUAUUAUUAUUGAGCAAUGGCCUGAGGUAACCACACAUGAGGAGACAAAAAACAAAGUUAUUGUUGAUUCAUUAUGUGCAUCUGCAGUUUUAAGAGGUGCACAUGUUUAUGCACCUGGAGUCCUAGGACUUGCUACUAAUUGCCAGAUUAAUGAAAGAAUUGAUAUUUAUGGUGACAUAGAUGGUCAAUGUAAAAGGGGCUUAAAGGUAGAAUACAAUGGCAAAAAGAAAUAUGUUGGAACUGGUUAUCUAAAAAUGUUGCGCUAUGAAUUAUUUGUAAAAGGAGUCCAGCCAAAUGGUAUUGCAGUUCAGACAUUAUUACCAAAAUCAAGAUUGCCUGUAAUAAAUGACACUUUAUAUCCAAAAGGUCAACUUUUACUACAAAAUCUUCCCUCUAUAGUAGUUGGGUGGGUUGUAAAUGCUAUGCCCUUUGAACAUAUUUUGGAUAUGUGUGCUGCCCCUGGGAACAAAACGACUCAUUUAGCAGAAAUGUCUAAUAAUAAAGCUAUCAUUACUGCAAUUGAUAAAACUGAACAAAAAGUUAAUAAAAUUAGACAAUCUUGUGAAAAACAAGGUGUUACAUGUGUCAUUGCUUUUGCAUAUGAUUCAACUAAAUGCCAUUCUGAUGACAAUAACAAUGGCACAAACCCUCCAUUUUCUUCAAAUACAUUUGACAAGGUCCUGCUAGAUGCACCUUGCAGUGGUUUAGGUCAGAGACCACAGUUAAAUUUUAAAAUGUCACCCAAAAUGCUACAGUCAUAUAAAUUUGUGCAAAGAAAACUAUUUGAUGCUGCUGUAAGAGUUUUAAAAGUGGGAGGUAAAUUAGUCUACAGUACAUGUACAGUAACUGUAGACGAGAACGAAGGAAUGGUGCUAUGGGUGUUAGAAAAAUAUCCAUGCUUACAACUUAUCCCCGCAGAGCCUCUGUAUGGUGGCCCGGGACUAGCAAAUGUGGGAUUAUCACACGAGCAGAGAGUGAUGGUACAAAGAUUUGGACCAGAAGAGGAUACAUUGAGGCCUGUUGAAGAAUUGUAUAGAAACACAAUAGGUUUCUUUAUAGCUGCAUUUAAAAAAGUUUCAGAUCAUAAA